UCCCACUACUUCCUUCACUCACUUCUCAUCCUUCACACCCCCAUCCCCCCACACCCCACCCCACCCCACCCCUCUGCCCCUAUACCGACCAGACCAAACCAGUACAAUCCCAUCAAUCUCUUCACCUCUAAUAUGUGUUUGUUUUGUACUCUUUCUUUCAUUCAUCUCUCAAAACCUCAUACCUUAUUUAUCAUCUCCCCUUUACUAGCCUUUUCUUCCCCUUUUUCCUCAUCUUUUCUAGGUCUUUUCAACUCUCUAAUUAGCUACCUAGUAGUAUUUCAUAACAUGACGAACAUUACACAUAUUUCUUGAUUUAGACUCAUCCUUUUUCUCUUUUUUACCAUCUAAUUUUAUUUAAUAUUCUUCUUUUUUUUAGUUCAGAACUCGUCUUUGAUCUGCAUCUUCUUCGAUCCGUGAUUCCCGGCCUAAAAAGAAAAAAGAAAAAAACUUUUAAAAAAAUGUCACUUGACAUGACAUAUUCAUCUUCCUCGGAACGUGUUUGCUAUGUUCGCUGCAACUUUUGCAACACAAUUCUUGCGGUUAACGUUCCAUGCAAUAGUAUGAUGACAGUAGUGACAGUAAGGUGCGGACACUGCUCAAAUUUGCUUUCUGUUAAUAUUGGACCUUCCCUUCAGUCUCCUCCCCUUCAGAAUAUACAGCAGAGACAAAAUGAUUCAAGUUUUGAAGAUGGGAUAAGUAGAGGCUAUGGGUCAUCAUCCUCUUCUACAGAUUCAUAUCACAGAUUUUCUCCCAUGCCUACUGAUCAUGAUCAACCUAGAUCCCCUCCUAUUCGCCCACCGGAGAAAAGACAACGUGUUCCUUCUGCCUACAAUAGAUUUAUCAAGGAGGAGAUCCAAAGGAUAAAGGCAAGCAAUCCUGAUAUUACUCACAGAGAAGCUUUUAGCACUGCUGCCAAAAAUUGGGCACAUUUCCCUCAUAUCCACUUUGGACUCAAGCUGGAUGGCAAUAAACACAUUAAAUAAAAAAAUAUGAUCUACCUGUAUUAUGAUCAUAAAUACAUUAUAUAUUAUAUUGGUGAGAUAUAUAAAUCUCUCCAUACUAAUAAACUGUUUUAGCUCUUGCCUUGGAUUCCUUGUUUUUUUUAUUCGUAUUAUAAAUUGUAAGGAACUAUUAACUGUGUUUACUCCAAUAACAUACGCUUAUUACUAUUA